AUGAAGAGGCUGACCCGGGAUGACCUGCACGCGCGCCUGCAGUGCUCGGCAGAAAACAGCAACGUGACCCAGCCGGCAACUACCGAGGUGCUGGUUGACCUGAGCUUUCCGCCACUGUCUGUGACGAUUCUGGGCUCGCACCUGACACCGAUGACGGCCCAGUGGAACUACAGCCUCGUAUGUCGCAGUCAGGGCUCUCGACCAGCAGCCAACAUCACCUGGUGGCUGGACGGGGAGAGACUGCGCGGCCAGGCUGACGCGGUUUCCAAGGACGGUUCAGUAACAACCAGCACGGUGCCGUUCAGACCAGAAACACGUGACCACGGCCGCCAGCUGGUGUGUCGGGCCGAGAACAGUCACGUGACCCCAGCGGCCAUGGAGGCGAGGCGACUGCUCGACGUGCGAUAUCCCCCUACCGUCAAAAUUAGUCUGGGAAAGGCUCUUGACCCGACCGGCAUUCGGGAGGGCACUGACGUCUACUUCGAGUGUAGCAUUACCGCCAACCCGGCUGCCUUCACCGUUACCUGGCUACACAACGGUGAGAAGCUCCAGCCGUCUCUGCGACCCGGCACCGGUGACCAGGUGACCAUCAACGCCCGCAGUCUGGUGAUCAGAAACCUGACGCGCUCGGCGGCAGGCAGCUACGCCUGUACUGCAGUGAACCCCGAGGGUAGUGGGGAGAGCCCACCGGUGCAGCUCAGCGUCCAGUACGCACCCGUGUGCUCGCCGGGCCAGCGGCUGCAGUACGCCGUGACCCUGCACCAGACCACCCGGGUGACCUGCCAGGUGGAGGCCGUGCCUCCCGAGGUCACCUACAGAUGGCAGUUCAACAGCUCUCUGGAGACCCUCGACCUACCGUUCUCCAUGAGCUCCGCACACGGCCUCAGCAGCACGGUCUCCUACACACCCACCACAGAGCUGGACUUUGGUCAGCUCCUCUGCACCGCGGAAAACAAGAUCGGCCGCGCCGCAGCGCCCUGCGUGUUCGACGUUGUUCUGGCAGGUCCUCCGAGUGCUCCGGCCAACUGUUCGCUGCUCAACCAGACGUCCGAGUCACUGCUGGUGGCCUGUUCCGGAGGGGGUCCCGGUCACGGCGACAGCACCACGGCCGGCGCUCGGGAGAGGUCAUUCGUGGCCGAGCUGUAUGCCGUUCCCGACGGCCGCCUUCUGCAGAAUGUGAGCUCGCCAGUACCGAGCUUUGAGCUGCGGCGGCUGCCGGCUGGCCUGGAGCUCCGGCUGGAGCUGUACGCGGUCAACAGGCAUGGAAGGAGUGCUGCGGUGCUACUAGAUGGAUUCAGCCUCAAGGCGGCCGAGAAACGGAUGAGAGCAGAGACUGAGGAUCGGGCAGAGUCGGGCGUGCCCCUGACGCCGGCCCUGGCCUGUCUGGCCGGAGCGGCCGUCUCGCUGGUUCUCGUCACCGUGGGGGCCGUUAUCUACACACGAAACAGCCGCCGCAGGUCGCACCACACGGUGGCCGACAGAAGCUCGGACCAGCACAUCCUGCAGAAGGCGCUCAGCAGCGGCUUCGAGCGCGGGAUGGACGAUGCCGAGGCCGAGCCGGCGCGGGGUGGCGGAGGUGGGGGCUCACGCGAGCGGCCGGCGGUGCGGGUCGAACGCAGGACGCCGGCUGCGGACGACGUCAGAGAACACAGUCACCUGGCGGCUGCCCUGCUCAGCAGCCAGCAUGAGAGCAUUGUGUGA